AUGACAUAUUUUCCUGACAUAUUAGAUAAAGAACGCGAGUUAGAAGAAGAGGAAGCAAAUGAGGAAGAGGACAUUGUUAUUUGUGAAUGGGGAACACCACAAAGUGACGAAGAAGUCAAGGUAUUUUGCCUGUGUAGACAACCAGAAAAUGAACUAUUCAUGGUAUGCUGUGAUAGAUGUGAUGAAUGGUUUCACGGUGAUUGCAUAAACAUGUCAGAAGAGGAAACUGAAAAAUACUUAAAUGAUCCGAAACUUGACUUUAUUUGUCCAUUUUGUAUUGCAUAA